UGUUGAUAAGGUUGUCUGAUCUAUUCUAAAGCCUAAACAGUAGUACUCGGCGUCCCACCUACCCCGGCCCUCAUGCACCGUCAAAUGCAAGUUAUCUUCUCUGUACUCAUAUUUUUUCUUCUCGCUGUCUUCUAUGGAGUUGAAGCCAACAAUAACCAAGUUACGGGUAUAGGUGUUAUCAUUGAUGUUAAAACCCGUAUUGGAAAAGAAGAGAAAACAGCCAUGGAAGUGGCAGCUCAAAACUACAACAAUACUUCGAAGACCCACAAAGUGCUUCUCCAUUUCAGGGAUGCCCUUAGAGUCGCUUCCGUCGAUGCAGGAACAUGCCUGUUGUGGUUGUGGGUGUUUCUAAAGCGUCGGAUUCUCAUGAAUGUUGUGUAUUGAUGUUACUGUAGUUUUAUAAAGAAGACCACAAACUCCAAGUCAAAGCUGAAGAUUUGAUUAGAGAGAAAAAGGUGAAAGUGAUUAUUGGCAUGCACACAUGGCAGGAAGCUGCCGUAGUAGCUGAUGUUGGAGGGCAAGCUAAUGUUCCGGUCAUUUCGUUUGCAGCACCGGCCAUCAACCCACCUCUAAAGUCACCCCGUUGGCCUUUUUUGAUACAAAUGGCUAAAAAUGGUUCUGAACAACUUAAGUUGAUUGCAGAUAUUGUUCAGGGGUACAAUUGGCGAAAGGUCAUAGUGAUUUAUGAAGAUGAUCAACAAUAUGGUGGUGAUUCCGGCAAGUUAGCAAUUCUAUCUAAGGCUCUCCGAAAUGUUGGUUCGGAAAUUGAUUACCGUUUGGUUCUCCCACCGCAUUCUUUGGUGUCUGAUCACCCGGAAAAUGUUGUCCAUGAAGAGCUGGUUCAGCUACUGAACAAAACAAAGUCUCGGGUUUUUAUAGUUCUUCAGUCAUCAUUGGAGAUGGCGACUCAUUUGUUCAGAGAAGCUAAGCAGAUGGGACUUGUAGGGAAUGACUCAGCUUGGAUUAUUGCAGACAACAUUGCAAAUUUGCUGCACUCUGUUAAUGACUCUGUCAUAUCCUCCAUGGAAGGUGCGUUAGGAAUCAAGACCAAGUACUCUUCUGAGAAUCACGAUUUUUAUGCACAGUUUCAAAAAAAUUUCACAACUAAUUAUCCGGAGGAACAUAACUCCGACCCUGGAAUUUAUGCCCUGCGAGCAUACGACAGCAUUCGAAUUGUUACACAAGCGAUACAGAAAAUGGCUGCUAACAUUACCAGUCCAAAGAUGUUGUUAGAGAAAAUGUUAUCAAGCCAUUUCACUGGUUUAAGUGGAAAAAUACAUUUUGAAGCAGGCCAGCUCUCAGACACUACUAAUUUUACGAUUAUUAACGUUGUUGGGAACACUGGGAAGGGAUACGAGGAAAUAGACCUUUUGGCACCAGAGUCUGGGUUCUCGGUGAGCCCAAAAACUUUUGCCGGCCGAGUAAUUUGGCCGGGGAAAUUAAACCGGACUCCGAAAGGUUGGGAAAUGCCUACUCCUGCAAAGCCACUGAAAAUUGGAGUCCCAGGAAGAACAACAUUUGAGAAGUUUGUGAAGGUCGAGUAUGGGGAGAAACCGGAACAGAACAAAUACGAUGGUUUUUGCAUUCAAAUUUUCUCGAAGGUGCUGGAACUCUUAGAGUAUGAUCUGCCUUUCGAAUUUGAGCCAUAUAAUGGCACCUACACUGAUCUGGUUUAUCAUGUCUAUAAUAAGACUUAUGAUGCUGUCAUUGGCGACGUGACUAUACUUGCCGACCGGUUGCAAUACGCGGAUUUUACACUGCCAUUUGCUGAGUCAGGUUUGGGGAUCAUAAUUGCAGUAAAACCUGAAGGUGGGUCACCAUUGCCGUUUACCAAGCCUUUCACCAGGGGAAUGUGGGUGGUGACUGGUGCCAUCUUGAUGUACACAAUGAUCAUUGUUUGGCUCCUUGAGCGCCAAUCCAAUCCAGAAUUUGGUGGCCCAUGGAAGAAUCAGAUUAGCACUGCACUUUGGUUUACCUUCUCCUCUCUAUUCUUUGCUCAUAGGGAAAAAGUCCACAACAACUUAACACGUGCGGUUGUUGCAGUGUGGCUCUUUUUGGUGUUGAUCCUAACCUCGAGCUAUACUGCUAGUCUGUCUUCCAUGCUCACAGUGCAACAACUCCAACCAAAUGUUACAGAUAUUGAGUGUUUAAAGAAGCACAACUCGAAAGUUGGUUGCGAUGGCGAUUCGUUCGUACAGAAAUACUUGCAGAAUGUGCUUAACUUCAAGCCGGAGAAUAUCGUGAAUGUCACCAACGAAUACGAUUACCCAAAGGAAUUCAAAAGCAACAAUAUAUCUGCUGCCUUCCUUGAACUCCCAUAUGAGAAAGUUUUCCUCAAUAAGUAUUGCAGGGGAUUCACUGGCACCAUACGUACCGACAGAUUUGGAGGAUUGGGCUUUGCCUUCCAGAAAGGCUCGCCAUUCGUCAGGGAUUUUUCUGAAGCCAUUCUAAAGCUUUCAGAGAAAGGAGAAUUAAAGCAACUGCAAAAUGAAUGGUUGACUCCCUCACAUGAGUGCUCACCCAACAUAACUUCCAGCAAACGAGGAAGGUUGAGCUUCCACAGCUUCAAGGUUCUCUAUCUACUUUCUUUUGGCACCUCUACCAUUUGUCUUCUACUAUCGGUAAUAGAUAACCGGCAACAUCGAAUUACCUAUGAUGAGAGAGUUUGGAAGAUGGUUAGACUCGUAAGACACUUGAGCAUCAACAAUAAUCCACAAAGAGCUCCAGCUUUGGCGGACACAGAUGACAGCUUAUGGAAGAAAGCAGCUAAACUAGUAAGAUACUACUUUUAUAUCAACUACCAAAGAAGCGCUCCAACUCUGGCAGACACAUCGCGUACGAAUGAGACACAUUAGAUGUAAAUGAAUGCACUUUAGUUCAAAUUUUUCUAGUAUUAUUUGAGUUUCAUAAUUAGAACAUCUCAAGUAAAGAGAAAUUCUCUUCUUAAUAUAAUAGAUAUAAUUUGAAUUAUUAUUA